AUGAGUCCAGUUAUGCCUCUCAACUCCUUCACCAUACCAACACUAUCCCUAUUCUUCAUCGCAGUGUUGCAUAUCAUCACGAGUACCCUCCCUAUUACCAUUGCCAAAAAUGAGACUGAUCAUCUUGCCUUGUUGGCCAUCAAGUCCAAGAUUAUUCAUGACCCUCAAGGUGUCAUGAAUUCACGGAAUGAGUCCCUUCAUUUCUGCAUGUGGGAAGGUGUUGCAUGUGGUCGUCGCCAUCAUAGUAGAGUCAUCAGCAUUGAUCUAGGGUCCAGAGGCUUAGCGGGCUCAUUGUCACCUUAUGUCGGAAACUUGAGCUUCCUUCGGGUAUUAAGCCUCAACAACAACACCCUUCAAGGUGGAAUCCCUCCUCAAGUUGGUCACUUGUUCAGGCUGCAGAUAUUGAACCUCACCGGAAACAGCUUUGAAGGGGAAAUUCCAACCAACCUAUCCCACUGCUCCAAUCUCAGGUAUCUUGCUGUAGGUUACAAUAAGCUAGUUGGGAAACUUCCCGAAGAACUUGGUUCCUUGUCAAAGCUCACAUAUCUUAUGAUGCCCUUGAAUUACUUAACCGGAGGGAUCCCUCAAUCCAUUGGAAGACUGACUUCUCUAGAAUCACUGCUUGCAGCUUACAAUCUUUUCACUGGCAAUCUUCCUGAUUCCUUGGGUCAAUUGAAAAACUUAAAAGCACUUGCAUUUGGCGCCAAUCAACUCUCUGGUACAAUCCAUCCUUCCAUUUACAAUCUUUCUUCUCUAACUCGACUCUCUUUGCCUAUUAACCAACUUGAUGGCGCUCUUCCGCCUAGCUUCGGUCUGAUGCUCCCAAAUCUUCAAAUCCUCCAAUUAUAUCAGAACAAAUUUACUGGACCCGUUCCACUAUCAAUAUCCAAUUGUACAUCACUAGAAAGUUUUGAUAUUGGAGAAAAUAAUUUCGCUGGGAAAUUAGGAAUUAAUUUUGGAGGCAUCCAAAAUAUAGAGGAAAUUGUUGUAUUUACAAAUAAUUUAGGAAGUGGAGAGCCGGAUGAAAUGAACUUCAUUGAUUCUAUGGCCAACUGUAGGAAUUUGAAGAAAUUACAACUGGAUCAUAACCAAUUCAGAGGGUUAUUACCCAAUUCUGUGGGUAAUCUCUCAAACCAACUUUCUUAUCUAGUACUUGGUGAUAACUUCAUAUAUGGAGAACUCCCUUCUGCAAUAGGUAAUCUUGUCAACUUAGAGUAUUUAGUUCUAGCAAUUAAUCAAUUCACCGGUACAAUUCCAGCUACUAUCGGAAAUCUUCAAAAUUUAAAGCGGGCAUAUCUUUACGAAACUACAUUCUAUGGAGAAAUUCCAGAAUCUAUAGGAAACUUGUCAUCGUUGAUAGAGCUUUACUUGGGUGGGAACAGAUUAGUGGGGAACAUACCCUUGAGUCUUGGAAAUUGCCAAAAAAUGUUAUUGCUUGAUCUUUCCCAAAAUAAUCUUAGUGGCACGAUACCCAAGCAACUUUUGAGAAUUUCAGCUCUUUCUAUUUCACUAAAUCUAUCUCGAAACCGUUUGUUCGGAUCCCUCCCUUCAGAGGUUGGCAACCUCAAAAAUUUGGCAGAAUUGGAUAUAUCUGAGAAUGAGUUGUUUGGUGAAAUUCCCAAUAGCCUUGCGAGUUGCACUAGCCUUGAAAAACUCUAUAUAGAGGGAAACUUCUUUAGCGGAUCUAUUCCUCAAUCAUUGAGUUCUUUGAGAGGUAUUCUAAAUUUUGAUCUUUCGAGGAACAAGUUGUCUGGAGAAAUUCCACGAUUCUUGGAGCAAUUUUCCUUAGAUAAUCUUAAUUUAUCCUUCAAUGACUUUGAGGGUGAGGUGCCCAUUGAAGGAGUUUUUGCAAAUACUAGUGCAAUAUCAGUUGUUGGAAACAAUAGACUCUGUGGGGGCAUACCCAAACUUCAAUUACCAAAAUGCAACAUCAAAGAAGCCAAGAAGCAGAAAAGUUCUCUUGUGCUCAUAUUAGUGAUCUCUAUAGCGUGCACACUUGUGGGUGUAACAAUGGUGCUAUCUUUCUUCUUUUGUUGGGUUAAAAAGAAAAGGAAUGCUCAACCUUCUGGAAUGUUGUUAAGAGAAUCAUUAAUGAAAGUGUCUUAUCAAAUGCUCCUUAAUGCUACCAACAUGUUCUCUUCAGCAAAUUUGAUUGGUGUGGGUAGUUAUGGCUCUGUCUACAAAGGAAUCCUUGAUCCAAAUGAAACCAUUGUUGCAGUCAAAGUACUAAACCUCCAACGUCGGGGAGCUUCCAAAAGUUUCAUGGCUGAGUGUGAAGCCUUGAGAAAUAUCAAACAUCGGAAUUUGGUAAAGGUCAUAACUUCUUGCUCGAGCCUUGAUUUUCAAGGAAAUGAUUUUAAGGCUCUAGUCUAUGAAUUCAUGAUCAAUGGGAGUCUAGAGAGCUGGUUGCAUCCAAGUCCGAAAUCUACUAAUGGAGAGAAUGACCAAACUCAGAGCCUGUUAUUUGCAUCCAAGUCCGAAAUUAUGUGA